AUGCCUCAGCCGAUGGGUUCAAGUAGUGUUGCAACGAGGUACAACGCCGAGUCGCCCAAGUCACCAAUAUUCUCAGACUCAAAAGUAACAUGCAGCGAACCGCCGAGUUUCAUAACGCUUUUGGAGUUUUUUAAGAGUACUAUGAGAGAAAUAUGCUCGCCGAUAAAUCUGCAUCGGAUAUUCCAUGGUUUGGAUCUUUUAAUGUUUUUUUGCAUGUUUGGUGGAACAUUUAUCGCUGGAUAUCUAAAUGACAAAUAUGACCCAAAGGUUCGCAAGUUAAAUCCACCAUGA